AUAACAAUUAGAUACGGAACCCACGGACCUGAUCUGUCAAACUGAGUGACAUUUUUAAUAUGAACUAGUGAUGAGAUUAAAUCAGAAACACCUGGCUUGUCUUAGUGAUCAAAAUAACUUACUGGUAGUUAUACGAGAGUACUCAUGAAGUGACGUAAAACCUUGGUUAGGCAAGGCCCAGUCUACAUUAGACAGAUAAAGUUAGAACUUUAAUGUAUAGUCACAAAGAGGAAUUUCUGCAAUGAAGUGCUACGUAGUGCUGGGGGUGAAUAUUAGUGAACAGUAGCAGGAUGGUUUUUCGGAAAAGAAAGAGUUGGAGUGACAAUCUUGACAGAAUGGGGGAUACGGAACCUCUCAUUGAUGAAGAAUCAGAAGUAUUUGAAAGUGAGGCAUCAGAGCCUUUGGAUCCAGAAAGAGAUGUAGAAUCUGAAAGAGUACAGACCCCUAAGAGCUUUGCUGCCAUAAUAGCUCUGGGUCUAGGUUUUAUGGCCAUCUUUACAGCAUUCAAUACAAACAGUAUGAUAAUGCAAGUGGUGAUCAACAGCAUCAAGCAUGACGACUCGAGUUUCCAAGGGUCGGGAUACAUUUCCCUCGCCGUCAUCUACGCAGUCUUCGCUACCUUCAACUGGCUGGCCCCGUCGUGCCUCAGUUUCCUGGGGCCGAAAUUCACCAUGAUCUUUGGAGGGAUCACCUAUGCGAUAUUUAUAGCCGGGUUCCUUUACCCCAAAACAUGGAUUCUGUAUCUAACGUCUGUGCUGAUUGGUGCUGGAGCCGCUCUGAUUUGGACGGGCCAGGGAAAUUACCUGACGCUGAUGUCUGAUCAAACAACCAUCUCUAGAAACUCAGGAAUUUUCUGGGCUAUGUUGCAAAGCAGCAUGUUGUUCGGUAACAUCUUCGUCUUCUACCAGUUUAUGGGCAAAGACCACAUCGACCAACACACCCGAACGGUUGUGUUCAUCGUUUUAACAAUCGUAGCUGUUAUAGGUAUCGGCAUUAUGCUGCUCUUACCCCAGCCUGGGAGCACGGGCAGUGGGCGCACAGAUGACCUGGGAGGACCUUACAACGCCCUCAAGAAGUCUUUUGCUCUGUUCAGAACGAAGGAUAUGCUGCUUCUCUCCCUCACUUUCUUCUAUACUGGUAUCGAAUUAUCAUUCUUCAGUGGAGUGUACAGUGCUUGUUUGAGCAACACAGAGAGGCUGUUCGACCCCAAGCGUCUGGUUGGUUUGUCUGGCAUGCUCAUCGGUUGCGGAGAAAUUCUUGGUGGUGGUGUGUUCGGAAUUUUUGGGAACAAGACUGUCAAAUUUGGCCGGGAUCCUAUUGUUCUUCUCGGAUAUAUCGUUCAUAUUAUCUGCUUCUUCUUGAUAUUUUUAAACCUGCCCACUAACACUCCACUGAAGUCCACAUCUGAUCCAGCAUUCCUGCCUGGUGGCCAGCCUAGUGAAGUGAUUGCUCUUCUCUGCAGUUUCCUGCUAGGCUUUGGUGAUUCAUGCUACAACACACAGAUCUAUUCCAUUCUUGGCUCAGUUUACCCAGACAACUCUGGCCCAGCCUUUGCUCUCUUCAAAUUCACCCAGUCCUUGUCUGCAGCAGCCUGUUUCUUCUAUGCAAGCAUAUUGCAGCUUUACUGGCACCUGGCAAUUCUUGUUGUGUUUGCCACAAUUGGUACUGUCUCCUUCUGUAUGGUUGAAUGGAGGGCUCAUCGCAAUAUUAGAGCCAAGCCAGACACUGUAGCAUAUGACUGAGUUUGCUGUUUUUAUUAAUUGGAAGCCUUAUUCCAAACAUUUUUUAAUUAAGGAAUUAUUCCAUCGCAAAGUGGCCCAGACAUGACCAAGUCUGGAGUGUUCCCAGUCAUGGGAACAGCUGGUGCUAAUUUAAUGUGUCAGAUUGCUUUUUAUUUUUCCCUUAUAUUUUCGUACUGUUGUGCGGAAGAAGAUUUUAUUACUGAUUUUUCACCUACAGCAGGCUUGAUGCAACUGCUUUGUAAAAGGAAAUGAACGUAGUACUUUAUUUGAAAUUGGAUCUAAGUGGGUUGUGGUUUUUCCUCUUUUAAAAUCUGUAUAAAUAUUUUAUAGAAUAAUUUUACUUAGGGAUCAGUGUUAUGAUACAUCAUUAUUAUGAGCUUAAAUCUUUAAUUUCAUGAAUAGUGUUGAAUAUUUGACCAAAAAGUGUGAUAUAAUGUACAUAAUCAUUCUGGCACUGUAUUCAUGGUUUAAAAUGAAAGAAAUACUGUGUACUGCAUUAUCAAAAAUUUCUUAGAGAAAAUGUGUAGGACAAGUACUCUUGUGGCUUACUAUUUUUGUAUCCUCUUUUUUCUGGAAUUUUGAUACACAGAAAUUGAUACUUUCACAUUGUAUAUUCUGCUCACUUGGCUCAUUACAUUCAGGUAUUGGCACAUACUUGGGGGUUCCUGAGUUCAGCAGUAUUUUUCUAAGAUUUUGCAUGUGUGAAUACAUUUUGUAUAUACAGUAUAGUUGAAUGUUAUGGGAUGUUCAUAUGAAUCUAGGUAUUCCUUAUAUCUAACAUGAAAGUGCAAUAUGGUACUUCAGGGUUUGUGUAUUAGUGUAGGGAUUUUAAGAUCACUUUUGAAGUCCUCAUCUUAUUAAAAAAUAUUAAUUAAAAGGGAAAUGUUACACUCAUGUUAGAAUAAUCUCAUUCCAUUUGCAGAGCCAUGAUUGCCAUUUGACUGAUGCUGAAAAUUUUUAGUUAUGAAAAUAAUAAAAUAGAUGUAGAUUAGAGAUACAUUCAUAAUGAUGCAAUUCACAGGGAGACCAGUUGAGUUCUAUGUGCAAAUGAGCAUUUUGACUGGAUAUGCCUUUCUUUACAUGGAAAAAUAUGUGAUGUAUACAGUAUGAAGUAUUUUAAUUGCUGUAUAUACCUUUCCAAAACAAUUUAUGCAAUUUAAAGUAAUAUAGUUUGUUAAUCUGUGAUAUGGAAAUUUGUCUGUGGGGUUGUGUGUGUUUUUGAGUGAAUUUUCUAGAGUUUUUCUAGAUGUAGUGCUGGUUUAAAUAGCAUAUCUAAAGCGACCUUAUACUAUUUAGAUUUUUUUUAUCUUAAGAUCUGAAGUAAUGCAUUUCAUUUUGAGACAGCCAUUCUCAUUUUCAUUUCUGUUGUUGAUAUGUUUUGACUUUGUUUCAUUUGUAUCAGUGAAAGAUAUAAUACAUGUAUUUAUGUACAUUUGAUGAAA